GCCUGGGCGAAAAGAAACCUCAAGCGAUGCAACCUCUUUGCGCCGGUCCUGGUUUUGUUUUCAUCAUACGUUUGUCGUUGAACCUCAUUUUACACACGUCCCUCACCCGUGACUUAGCCAUGCCUCGAGAGUCUGUUCACUCGUCUGUUCCCAUCCUCCGUGCACCACAGGAAAACGUCCGACCCCUUGUCCAAACCCACGAGGUUCUCCUCGCUUGGCCCCGUUCCGGCUUUCCCAGUUCCUCGGUCGACCCGGCCGCGCCACCUCGUCUUGCCGUGGACCGGGUUCCGCUGUCAUCUUGGGUUGGGAGGUAGUACAGACAUAAAACAGCCGGCGUGGAUUUUGGACGAAGCGUCCCGUCCAAGGGGAACAGAGACUCGAGAGACAACAAUGGCUAAUGCAUUCUCCCGUUGGUCCCCGUCCCGGCCCGGCCUCGGACUUCGGCGCCUAUCUGCACCAUGACUAUGAUUAGUCCUUUCGGAGGGGCCGCCGCCUCUCGGACUGAAGAAGCUCGCUUGGCAAUCACACCGGGG